AUGACGUCUAUGUUGGUACUGGAGUUCUGGACUCUGGUCCCGGUACUCACCAGCAAGCACUAUGCCCUGGAGAUAGACUACUGUGCCUCCUCUAAUCAUGGGUGUCAGCACGAGUGUGUUAAUGCCCAGAAGUCUGCUUUCUGCCGCUGCCUGAAAGGCUUCACCCUGAAUCCAGACCGGAAAACCUGCCGAAGAAUCAACUACUGUGCCCUGAACAAACCAGGCUGUGAGCACGAGUGUGUCAACACAGAGGAGGGCCACUACUGCCGCUGCCGUCGGGGCUAUACUCUGGACCCCAAUGGCAAGACCUGCAGCCGGGUGGACCACUGUGCACAGCAGGACCAUGGCUGUGAGCAGCUGUGCCUGAACACGGAGGAAUCCUUUGUCUGCCAGUGCUCAGAAGGCUUCCUCAUCAACGAUGACCUCAAGACCUGCUCCAGGGUGGAUUACUGCUUGCUGAGUGACCAUGGUUGUGAAUACUCCUGUGUCAACACAGACAGAUCCUUUGCCUGUCAAUGUCCUGAGGGUCACAUGCUCCGCAGCGACGGGAAAACCUGUGCAAAACUGGACUCUUGUGCUUUGGGGGACCAUGGUUGUGAACAUUCAUGUGUAAGCAGUGAAGACUCAUUCGUGUGUCAGUGUUUUGAGGGAUACAUCCUCCGUGAUGAUGGGAAGACCUGCAGAAGGAAAGAUGUCUGCCAGGCUCUAGACCAUGGCUGCGAGCACCUCUGUGAAAACAGUGGCGAAUCAUACAUCUGCAAGUGUCUGGAAGGAUUCAGGCUGGCUGAGGAUGGGAAACACUGUAGAAGGAAGGAUGUCUGCAAGUCGACCCGCCACGGCUGUGAGCACAUAUGUGUGAACAACGGAGAUUUUUACACAUGCAGAUGCUCCGAGGGGUUUGUCCUGGCCGAGGAUGGAAGGCGCUGCAAGAGAUGCACUGAGGGCCCUGUUGACCUUGUCUUUGUGAUUGAUGGAUCCAAGAGCCUUGGAGAAGACAAUUUUGAGAUUGUGAAGCAUUUUGUCACUGGGAUUAUAGAGUCCUUGGCAAUUUCCCCCAAAGCUGCUCGAGUGGGGCUGUUACAGUAUUCCACACAGGUCCGCACAGAGUUCACCUUGAGGGACUUCAGCUCAGCCAAGGACAUGAAGAAAGCUGUGGCUCACAUGAAAUACAUGGGCAAAGGCUCUAUGACUGGGCUGGCCCUGAAACACAUGUUUGAGAGAAGUUUUACCCAAGCAGAAGGGGCCAGGCCCCUCUCUACACGAGUGCCCAGAGCAGCCAUCGUGUUCACCGACGGACGGGCUCAGGAUGAUGUCUCCGAGUGGGCCAGUAAAGCCAAGGCCAAUGGUAUCACUGUGUAUGCUGUUGGGGUAGGAAAAGCCAUUGAGGAAGAACUACAGGAGAUUGCCUCUGAGCCCACCAAUAAGCAUCUCUUCUAUGCUGAAGACUUCAGCACAAUGGGGGAGAUAAGUGAAAAGCUGAAGCAAGGCAUCUGUGAAGCUCUAGAAGACUCUGAUGGAAGACAGGACUCCCCAGCAGGGGAGCCACCAAAGCAGGUCCACCAGCCAACAGAAUCUGAGCCAGUCACCAUAAAUAUCCGAGACCUACUUUCCUGUUCUAAUUUUGCAGUGCAACAUAGGUAUCUGUUUGAAGAAGACAAUCAUUCACAGUCGACACAAAAACUCUCCCACUCGACAAAAUCUUCAGGAAGCCCUUUGGAAGAAAGCCAAGACCAAUGCAAAUGUGAAAACCUUAUAAUGUUCCAGAACCUUGCAAAUGAAGAAGUAAGAAAAUUAACUCAGCGCUUAGAAGAAAUGACACAAAGAAUGGAAGCCUUGGAAAACCGCCUACGAUACAGAUGAAGACUAAAAUGCUUUUAUGUAUUUGUACAUCAUCAUAAAAAGACUUCAAAAACAGUGGUGGUGCCUCAGAGCUCACACCAUAGCUAAAUCUGUAAGCUGUAAAGCAAAACACAACCAGAACAGAAGACACUGGACUGCUCUACAACAAAGAGAAAAUGCAGACACCAACGUGUCCAAAUUCGAUAUUGGGGGAGGUGGGGAAUCCUUCUGAACUCUCAAAAGUUUACUAUGAGAAUAAAUAUGCUAUUCAGUGUUCUGUGGA